AUGGCAGCCGGCGCCAGCGAUUCCCGCUCGGCCUCCGCGCCACCGCCGGGGCUGCCGGGGCCGCGCCGGGCCGGGCCGAGCCGAGCCGCGCCGAGCGCCGCGGGGCGCGGAGCGCGGCCGCCCCCGGCCCCCGCCCCGCCGCCGCCGCUCCCCCGCCGCGCCGGGAGUCGCGACCGCCGCCGAGAGAAGGAGAGAGAGAGAAAGAGAGAGAGCGAGAGCGAGGAGAGACACAGAGAGCGCGAGCGCCGAGCUCGAGAGAAAGAGCAGCGCCCGGCACCCUCCUCCGCCGCCGCCGACACGAGAUCAAACUGCCUCAGCUCCCCGCCCGCCCCCCGCCGCGCUCCCCGGCUCCACCGCGCUGAAUGGCUGACGGCGCCCUGCCCUGGACCUGGCCCCCGGACACCUCCGUGCCCUGAUCGCUCCGCUCUCCGCCUCCACCUCUCGCUCCCCGGCCCGGCGCCCCGAGAGCCCGCAGCGGCGGCGGCGGCGGCAGCGGCGGCAGCACCGCGGCGGCGGCCGGGCCCCGGCGGCGGCGAGCGGCGACCUCCUCCUCCUCCUCCUCCUCCUCUUCUUCCUGCUUCUGCUUCUCCGGAUCCAGCUUCGCGGCGGCGCCCCGGCUUCCUCUAUGCCUGCGCAUCCUCCGCGCCCGUAGCGCCCAGACCGCGUGUGCCUGUGCCUGUGCGUGUGCGUGUGCGCGAGUGGGGAGCCGUGUGCCGGGCGUGUGCGCGCGUGUCUGCCUGCGUGUGCGUGUCCGGCGUGUGCCUCUCCUGGAUGCCUCUCCCGACGGCCCUGUUCGCCGCUUCUGAUUUUGCAACUUGAAGUGGCGAGGGGGGGGGGGAGGGAGAGGAGAAGAGGCGAGAGAGCGAGAGAGGGAGCCGAGAGGGGAAGCGGAGAGACGGGGGGCUUCUAGGCGGGGGGGGGGGGGGAGCGCAGGGAGCGGAGAGGAGAGAGAGAGAGAGAGAGAGAGAGAGAGAGGAGGGGGGAAAA